AGCUUCCCUAGUAGCUAGGACUACAGGCACAUGCCACCACGCUUGGCUUAUUUUUUGUAUUUUUAGCAGUGAUGGGGUUUCACCGUAUUAGCCAGGAUUGUCUCUAUCUCCUGACCUUGUGAUCCACUCGCCUCAGCUUCCCAAAGUGCUGGGAUGACAGGCGUGUGCCACUGCUCCCGGCCUUGUAAUACCGUUUUAUAUUUUAAUAUAGCUCAGCUGGGGUUUCAGUCCAUCAGCUCAUACCAUUAGAGAGGCAGAAAGAGACAACAGGAAGCAAAAAGGACCCUGAGAGGGCAACGCAGAGAAAAAGAAAGGAGCAGGGGCUAAAAGGGAAACCAACACUGACACAAGAGAUAAUAAGGUUAAAAGAAUGAGAAGAAGGUUGGGCGCAGUGGCUCACGCCCAUAAUCCCAGCACUUUGGGAGGCCAAGACAGGUGGAUCACCUGUGGUCAGGAGUUCAAGACCAACCUGGCCAACAUGGUGAGACCCCCUCUCUACUAAAAAUACAAAAAAAAAAUUAGGUGGGCUUGGUGGCAUGUGCCUGUAAUCCCAGCUACUCAGGAGGCUGAGACAGGAGAAUCGCUUGAACCCAGGAGGCAAAGGUUGCAGUGAGCCAAGAUUGUGCCACUGCACUCCAGCCUGGGCGACAGAGUGAGAACCUGUCUCAAAAAAAAAAAAAAAAAAAAGGAAAAGAAAAGAAAUUUUCUGACCUACCUCAUCUGAUAGUAGGUUAUAAGACCCUCAUUCCAGAAGAGGUUCUGCCCUAUACCUGGGAGAAAGGAAUGCUGUAGAGAGACCAAGAAGAAUAUGGCCAGGCCUUGCUGGGAUCCCCCCAGUCCCAGUCUAUGACCAUUAGAUUAUACUCCUUUUGUUCAAUUACAUUUCUGCACAGCUGUUCAUUCUUCAUCAAAUCUAAGCAUAAAAAUAGUUUUCCCCUGGGUCCUUGGGUCUUCAUUUCUGAAGGCUCCCAUGUCACCUAAAACUUUGAUUAAAUAAAUGUAUUAUGCUUUUCUCUUGUUAAUCUGUCUUUUGUUAUAGGAGUAUUGGCCAUAACCCUUAUGACGGGUCAGGAAGGGAUCACCCCUUUCUGCCUCUACAGAAAUAAUAGCUAAGACUAGUAAAGCAUAAAAGGCAAAGGUGCAGGGCCUCAGGUAGAGAAGGAGAACAGGAGAAAUAGCUCAUACACACCCAGAAGGUUACUUACAUGUCCCUCCAUGUUACACCAAGACCCCUCAGGGACCUUGUGCCUGGGGAGAGAAAUGGUCUGCCCCAUGGAACAGUGGGCUUUACCCCGGGUCACCACCAGCCCCAGCUCCAACCCCUCUAACACUCUCCAAGUAAAAUCACAUCAGUAGCAGUAAUAAUAUUUAAGGUGACAAGUUGGUAUUAUCUCAAACUUAGGAAAAGUGAAUAAAGUCAUCUUUAGAAACUUUGCUUUUUUUAAAAUCUUGUAACUUGCAAGCUAAGUGAAAAUGGGUUAAUGUAUGAGAAUGUUCAUAUCAACAUUUUUCGUGUUAGACAAAAACUAGAAACAAACGAAAUGCCCAUCAACAGAAUAUAUUAGAGUAUAUUGAUACAAUAGAAUAUUACAUCACAAUUUUUUUAAAAAACAUUACUGAUACAUACAACCACGUGGAUGAAUCUCAUAAACAUAAUGCUGACUGAAAGAAGCCAAACAGAAAUGAGUGCAUUCUGCGUGAUUUCAUUUAUAUGAUGCCCCAAAGCAGGAGGAAAUAGUCUAUGGUGAUAAAAGUGAGAGAGUGGUUGGUUAUCUUUGAAGGAUAUCAGCAGAGAGGGGGCAUGAGGGAAACUGCUGGGGACCUGAAAAUAUGUGGAGCUGGGUGGUGGCUACAUACAGAUGGAAAAAUUCAUCAGCUGUACACUCAAGAGGUGUCCACCUCAUACCUAAGUUACAUAUCAAUAAAAAGGAAAAAAACCUGCCAGGCGCGGUGGCUCAAGCCUGUAAUCCCAGCACUUUGGGAGGCCGAGGCGGGCGGAUCACGAGGUCAGGAGAUUGAGACCAUCCUGUUUAACAUGCUGGUCUCAAACUCCUGACUUCAAGUAAUCCGCCCGCCUCAGAGCCCCAAGGUGCUGGGAUUACAGGCGUGAGCCACUGCACCGGGCCUGGAACAAUUUUAAAAUAAUGUAUUGGCUCUGCAAAUGCAGCUUCAGGACAAGUCCCUUAGCUGUCCCCACCCCACCCUAAGUCACCACCCUUAAGCCUCACCCGUGUGGAAUUCUGAAACUUCCUUUGUAGAGAACUUUGGAAGGUGUCUGCCACAUUGAUCCUGGAAUGUGUGUUUAUUUGGGGUUAUAUAAAUCUAUUCUGUGGAAGCCACCUGAGGUCAGGAAGAGAUGGAGGGCAUCCUUCAGGAGUGAGAUGAGACCUCAUCAUACUUGAGUGUCCAGCAUCAUCUCUGAGUAAGGGGACCAAAAAAUUUAUCUUCCAAACUAGGACACUUUCAAGAGUGGAAGGGGGAUCCAUUAAUAUUUUCACCUGGACAAGAGGCAAACACCAGAAUGUCCCCGAUGAAGGGGAUAUAUAAUGGACCUUCUUGAUGUGAAACCUGCCAGAUGGGCUGGAAAGUCCAUAUACUGGGACAAGUAUGAUUUGAGUUGUUUGGGACAAGGACAGGGGUACAAGAGAAGGAAAUGGGCAAAGAAAGAACCCUCAGCCAAGGGUGCAGAGAUGUUAUAUAUGAUUGCUCUUCAGGGAACCGGGCCUCCAGCCCACACCCCAGCUGCUCAACCUCCUCCUCUCCGAAUUGACUGUCCCUUCUUUGGAACUCUGGGCCUGACCCCACUCCCUGGCCCUCCCAGCCCACGAUUCCCCUGACCCGACUCCCUUUCCCAGAACUCAGUCGCCUGAAACCCCAGCCUGUGGUUCUCUCCUAGGCCUCAGCCUUUCCUGCCUUUGACUGAAACAGCAGCAUCUUCUAAGCCCUGGGGGCUUCCCCGGGCCCCAGCCCCGACCUAGAACCCGCCCGCCGCCUGCCACGCUGCCACUGCCGCUUCCUCUAUAAAGGGACCUGAGCGUCCGGGCCCAGGGGCUCCGCACAGCAGGUGAGGCUCUCCUGCCCCAUCUCCUUGGGCUGCCUGUGCUUCGUGCUUUGGACUACCGCCCCACAGUGUCCUGCCCUCUGCCUGGGCCUCGGUCCCUCCUGCACCUGCUGCCUGGAUCCCCGGCCUGCCUGGGCCUGGGCCUUGGUUCUCCCCAUGACACCACCUGAACGUCUCUUCCUCCCAAGGGUGCGUGGCACCACCCUACACCUCCUCCUUCUGGGGCUGCUGCUGGUUCUGCUGCCUGGGGCCCAGGGGCUCCCUGGUGUUGGCCUCACACCUUCAGCUGCCCAGACUGCCCGUCAGCACCCCAAGAUGCAUCUUGCCCACAGCACCCUCAAACCUGCUGCUCACCUCAUUGGAGACCCCAGCAAGCAGAACUCACUGCUCUGGAGAGCGAACACGGACCGUGCCUUCCUCCAGGAUGGUUUCUCCUUGAGCAACAAUUCUCUCCUGGUCCCCACCAGUGGCAUCUACUUCGUCUACUCCCAGGUGGUCUUCUCUGGGAAAGCCUACUCUCCCAAGGCCACCUCCUCCCCACUCUACCUGGCCCAUGAGGUCCAGCUCUUCUCCUCCCAGUACCCCUUCCACGUGCCUCUCCUCAGCUCCCAGAAGAUGGUGUAUCCAGGGCUGCAGGAACCCUGGCUGCACUCGAUGUACCAUGGGGCUGCGUUCCAGCUCACCCAGGGAGACCAGCUCUCCACCCACACAGAUGGCAUCCCCCACCUGGUCCUCAGCCCUAGUACUGUCUUCUUUGGAGCCUUCGCUCUGUAGAACUUGGAAAAAUCCAGAAAGAAAAAAUAAUUGAUUUCAAGACCUUCUCCCCAUUCUGCCUCCAUUCUGACCAUUUCAGGGGUCACCAACACCUCUCCUUUGGCCAUUCCAACAGCUCAAGUCUUCCCUGAUCAAGUUGCCGGAGCUUUCAAAGAAGGAAUUCUAGGCAUCCCAGGGGACCACGCCUCCCUGAACCAACCCUGAUGUCUGUCUGGCUGAGGAUUUCAAGCCAGCCGAAAGCUGUUGGUGUGUCCCACCAGCUAGGUGGGGCCUAGAUCCACACACGGAGGAAGAGCAGGCACAUGGAGGAGCUUGGGGGAUGACUAGAGGCAGGGAGGGGACUAUUUAUGAAGGCAAAAAAAUUAAAUUAUUUAUUUAUGGAGGAUGGAGAGAGGGGAAUAAUAGAAGAACAUCCAAGGAGAAACAGAGACAGGCCAAGAGUGAAGAGUGAGAGGGCAUGGGCACAAGGCUGACCAAGAGAGAAAGAAGUAGGCAUGAGGGAUCACAGGGCCCCAGAAGGCAGAGAAAGGCUCUGAAAGCCAGCUGCCAACCAGAGCCCCAUACGGAGGCAUCUGCACACUCGAUGAAGCCCAAUAAACUUCUUUUCUCUGAAA